UUCACGUUAGUUAGAAAUGAAAGGGAGGAUCAACAAGAACAGAAAAAUGUGCUUCUCAUCAGUUUAAUUGCUCCUAAUUGUUAAUUUUAUUUUGCUUGUGGAUAGUGAAAUAAUAAAUCAACAAGAUGAAUGAUUUGGCGGUAAAGCAACUGGAAAUCGACAUGAAGUUGCAGCGAGAAAUGAGUAACCUGGCGGUGCUACAGGAUUCCCUCCAGAAGAGCCAACAGCUGACUGGUAAUAUGGUUGGAAUACUGACCACAUUUGAGAACAGACUGAAGAAGCUGGAAGAAACCAUUGUACCUGUGUAUCAUGAGACAGAGAACCUGCAGCAAAGACAUCAAAAUAUUGAGAAAACAAUUGCUGAACUUGAUCAUGUUAUUGGUUUUUAUCAUGUGGCGAAAGAAGUGGAGAAUAUCAUCAGAGAAAGUCCAAGCAGUGACCUUCAUGAAUACUUGCUGUGCUUGGAGAAGUUACAGAAAGCUGUAGAUUAUUUCACAGAUCAACAUCCAGGAAGCUCUGAACUCUCUGCAGUGACCAUGUUAUUUGACCAAGGACGACAGACUCUGGAAACAGAAUUUCGUGAUCUUCUGUUGAGAAACAGUAAACCAACUCCAUCAGCUCAGCUUAUUGAUAUCCUGGCUCAGUAUGAAGAGAGCCCAGAAGAGGAAUCCCCACAUAUUGAGCAUUUGGAGAAGAGCAUAGUUCAUGACCUGGCUGAGAUUUCCAAAUGGUUGGCUGCCAACAGUUCCUCAGCUGACUUUGCAAAUGUCUAUGCUACAGUUCGCUGUAAUACUCUGAUCAAGGCUUUGCAAGGCCUGAGAGAACACCAGAAAGCAUUGGCUGGAGGUGGAGGAGGGACAGCAACUCUUGGCCCUGGGCUCUCCCCAGCACUGAGCAGUAAAUUCCGCCACUCUGGACACAGCAGAGAUAUACCCACAAGUGGAAAGCGAGCAUCAGUGAAGAGGACACUCUUGAUGGCUCGAAAAGCUUCACAAGCGCUGAUGAAAUACUCUCAGCAGACGCUGGAGUCAGUGUCUGGACACAAAAGACAGAGUUCAGCCACACCUGAGAUCAAAGAGGAGGCCACGGAUGUGGACAUUGAGACCUACAUUUCCAUCAUUACAGCUCUGCUGAAACUGAUGCAGAGUGAAAACCAGUUGAUGCAGCUGAUCAUUCCUGACAAGCACCAGAGAAAAACAUUUGACAUUUUGAUUCAGCCAGCUCUGGAGUCUAUUGUUACUGAAGGGGAGCAACUGGCAGCCUCAGUGCGUAGAGCCAUUGCCCACCACGACUAUCCAUCUGUGCUCCAACUGUUCCCUGUGGUCAGGCAUCUCAGGUCCAUUAAACCAGAAUACGAUGUAUCUUUAGAGGGAUGCCAAGCACCUACAAGAUCCAAGCUGGCCUCUCUCAUUACAACACUGGAUGCCACAGGUGCAAAAGCAUUAGAGGAGUUCAUUGAAAGAAUAAGGAAUGAUCCAGAUAAAGCGUCAAACAUGCCCAAAGAUGGAACAGUCCAUGAACUGACCAGUAAUACUCUUAAUUUCCUGGAACAACUCAUGGAGUACACAGAUGCUGCAGGGGCAAUGCUUCUCAUCCAUGAUCCUGCUGGACAUACUCUUGCUCAAGAUCCUAAAAAGAAGGCCACAAAAGUUGCAGAAUACACCACCAAAGUUUUGUCUGCAUUGGGUCUGAACCUAAGCAACAAGGCAGAGACCUACAGCGAUGUAACCCUGAGAGCUGUUUUCAUGUUGAAUAACUAUAACUAUCUACUCAAGACAAUGAAACGGAAUGGUCUCUUGUCCCUGGUGCAUUCAUACAACAAGGAAGUGGAGACGUACUACAAUGAACAAAUCCUAGAACAAAAAAAGCUGUACUCUCAAAGUUUCAGUCGUAUCCUUCACUAUAUAAUGGAAGUCCACAAACCAAUAUCCCAGCACUACGUGCAGUCUCCUGAUCUGGCACAAGCUAAGCUGAAAGAUAAAGAUAAACAGAAUAUCAAGGACAAGUUUGCGGGUUUCAACAAGGAAAUGGAAGAAUUGCGUAAAAUUCAGAAAUCAUAUGCCAUCCCAGAUUCAGAACUGAGAGAAAACUUGAAGCAAGAUAACAAGGACUUUAUCCUACCAAAAUAUGAAAUGUUUUGGAAGAAGUAUGUGAAUACAAACUUUACUAAGAAUCCUGAGAAGUACAUGAAGUACACAAAAGAUGAAGUGGAAACAAUGUUAGAUGGUUUCUUUGAUUAUUCAUCAUAAAAUUGAUUGAAGAUUAUAACCAUCUUGGUCAGUCGCCAGAAUCAUCUUCAGUAAACAAGACUGUUGUGCUCUUGUCUAUAAAACAAAUUUAAAAGCAAGUAGAUGUUUUGCCAUUGGGUGUUUUGUAAUUCUCAGUGUAAUUUGUGGAAUG